AUGCAUUUACAUACCAAAUUGAAAAAAAUCCAAACAGAAGAAGAACGUUUAGCUGAAAUCGAAAAAGACAAUCGUUUAUUGCUAGAGAAGAUGUCUGGUAUUAUGAGAACCAGAGGAAGAAUCGAUAACGUCAAUAGUUAUGAUCAUAAAAGCUUGAACAAAAUAAAAAGACAACGUGAUAUGUUGCGUGUUACGAGUGAAAAUCAGCAGAUAUUAAAGAGAAUAUCUGCUAAAGAACCGCACUAUAAGCAUCAAGCUUGGGAUGAUGACUGGAGGAAAAACCAACAAUUUAUGGAAAAUAUAACUCGAUUUCCUAAGGAUGUAUUAGCGCAGCAAGUGGCUAAAGGCAAGCGCACAAAUAAGAAAGAUCCAUCGGCUUCGGACGAAAGCCCGUCAAAAUCAGAUGAUGAUAGUCAUGAUGAUGACAAAAGCAAAGUAACUGAACAAGCUGACAGUAGCAAUGCAGCCGAUCAAGAUGCUAGUAAAGCUGCUCAAGAUGAAGAAAUUAAUGAAGCUAUUACUGAAGAUCAAAAUGCAACUCAAGACCAGCAGGAGAAAUCCUUAGAAAAGCCUAAAACCCCUGAAGUGUCCGCUGAAGCUGAGGAAGCGACACCAGUAAUAUCAACAGAAUCAGAUGCCAACGCUACGAUUACUGCAAAUGCUACAGAAAGUAGUGAUAAGAGUCAAGAAAAGAAAGCUUCUACUCCAACUACAGAAGAGUUUCGGCCUAAAAGUUCAGCAUCGGCCAAAUCAGUUAAAUCAGCUAGUUCUGCUAAAUCCAUUAAAUCUGCAAGCUCUGUAAAAUCAGCAAAAUCAGCUGCUUCAAGAUCCAGUCGUUCUAGACAAAUUAAGGCCUGA